UCAGUGAGCAAACUAAACAAACCCCUCUUUUUAUAACAAACUAACUAACUAACCAUUCAAUUCGGAACUUCACUUCAACCACCGUGCCGGUGACGGAGUUGAGAACUGAAUCUAGCACCAUCAAGAACACGAUAAUGGAUUCCAAAACUAUAACAAUAUCAAUUUUACUAUCUUUGAUCCUCUUAUGCAAUCCCUCAAUUGCACAACAACAACAACAACCCGUUACUCCUCCUCUAGCUCCUGCUUUAUUCGUCAUCGGAGACUCCUCCGUUGAUUCCGGUACCAACAAUUUUCUUGGUACAUUUGCUCGCGCCGAUCGUCUUCCUUAUGGCAGAGACUUUGAUACUCAUCAACCAACUGGAAGAUUCUCCAAUGGAAGAAUACCCGUUGAUUUUCUUGCGCUGCGUCUCGGACUUCCUUUUGUGCCAAGUUAUCUUGGACAGACAGGAAAUGUGGAGGAUAUGAUUCAUGGUGUCAAUUAUGCUUCUGCUGGUGCAGGCAUUAUUGCCCUAAGUGGUUCUGAAUUGGGUCAGCAUAUCUCCUUAACUCAGCAAAUUCAACAAUUUACCGACACAUAUCAGCAGUUUAUAUUAAGUAUGGGAGAGGAUGCUGCAACCGCUUUCAUAUCCAAUUCUAUCUUUUAUAUCUCUAUUGGAAUUAAUGACUACAUUCAUUAUUAUUUGCUCAAUGUAUCCAAUGUCAAUAAUGUGUACCUUCCAUGGCACUUCAACCAGCUUUUAGCAUUUUCACUCAGGCGAGAAAUAAAGAACUUGUACAACUUAAAUGUUAGGAAAAUGGUGGUUAUGGGACUUGCCCCUAUUGGUUGCGCCCCUCGCUACAUGUGGGAGUACGGUACUGAGAAUGGAGAUUGUGUUGAACCGAUAAAUGAUAUGUCCGUUGAGUUUAACUUUCUCAUGAGAUAUGUUGUUGAAAAGCUUGCUGAGGAGCUCCCUGAUGCCAAUAUCAUCUUCUGUGAUGUGUAUGAAGGUUCCAUGGAUAUUUUAAACAAUCAUGAUCGUUAUGGCUUUAACGUCACGUCCGAGGCCUGCUGUGGAUUUGGGAAGUACAAGGGUUGGUUCAUGUGCUUAUCGCCAGAAAUGGCGUGCAGUAAUGCUUCCAACUAUAUCUGGUGGGACCAGUUCCAUCCAACUGAUACAGUGAAUGGAAUUCUGGCUGCUAAUAUAUGGAAUGGUGAGCAUACUAAAAUGUGCUAUCCUAUGCACUUGCAGGACAUGGUAAUUCAGAAGGCAAAAUGAUAUUGUGUGGUGUUAGUUGACCACAUUUUGUUCAGAAUAAUUGGUAGUGGUAGCAAAUGGCUCUACUCAUAGGUCUAAGCUUUUUUCUGCAUCUAUUGCUGAAAAGAGCUAUGUAUAUACAUAUAAGGUUGUACAGUGGUUAUCUCUUUUAUUUGUGCAAAAAUUGAUACUCCCUUCAAAGAAAUAUUUUU